AUGACUGGAUGUAGUUUCUGCCCCCAGGAGGGCCUGUCGCAGCCUCUGCCCUGCCCGCCAGACGAGCACACCACCCAGCCUGGCCAGUCGUCAUGCCAACGCUGCAAUGGCACGUCCGGAUGCCAGGCCUCGAGGCCCACGGCCUGGAGCAGGGCCGAGGUUCAGAGGUCACGACCCCAGCAGCCCUGCCCAGCAGGGAUGCAGCUCUCGGAGAAGGAGGGGGUGGGCUGUGUGAAGUGUCAAGUGGGGUUUUACUGCAUUGGAGGCAUGGCCAUCCAGUGUCCAGCCGGACGCUAUGGAGCCAAGGAGGGAUUGCAGAGAGAGAGAGACUGCUCACCCUGUCCCGCAGGGUUCUACUGUUUGGAGGGCAGCUAUCGCAGGCCCGACUCCCAGUUCCUGUGCCCGGCGGGGUUCUACUGCGAGGAGGGAACAGCAGUACCACACGGGUCACCUUGCCCUGCCGGAACUGCUGGAGCACAACUCGGCCAGACAAGUAGAGCAGCUUGCAAGCGAUGUGUGGAGGGACGUUUCUGUCCUGCAGGUUCUGUUGGGCCAGGCCUGCCCUGUGCCAGGGGACGGUACUGCCCAGCUGGCACCCUGACAGAGAUCUUAUGUCCCCGUGGUACCUUCACUCCCCACCAGGGGGCGCUAAGAAUGAAAGACUGCUUGCGGUGUCCAGCAGGGUUCUAUUGCCCCGAGGGCACCAGUGACCCCGUGCCCUGCCAGCCGGGCUCCUUCAACCCCCUGGAUGGGCAGGACUCCGCUGACGACUGCCGACCCUGCUACCCCGGCAAGGCCUGCACCAGAGUGGCACUGAAGGCUCCAGACGUCGACUGCAUGCCAGGCUUUGUUUGCCCUCCAGGUUCGGCGCGCCCAAACCUACCUGCCAACGCCUGCCCCCCUGGCACCCUUGGCAACCGCACCGACCUAACAGACCGCACGCAAUGUCAGCUGUGCCCCGCACGCUUCGCCUGCCUCAGAGGUACGGGUGGCAUCCAGAGGCCACCUCUCGCCUGCUUUCCCGGGCACUACUGCCCCAUUGGCAGCAUGUUCCCCACGCAGCACAAAUGCCCGCCGGGCACCUGGAGUGAGCACAGUGGGCUGGAGUCGCUGCGGGAGUGCCAGCCAUGCCCCCGGGGAUGGUACUGCCUCUCGGGCACAGGGGCGCCGUCAGGGAGGUGCAGCUCUGGACACUACUGCCCUGAAGGAACCAUGUACGGCACCCAGUUCCCGUGCCCAGCGGGGACCUUCAGCACCACCAUUGGCAACGGGCAGAGAGCUGACUGCCUCAUCUGCCCCGCGGGGCAUUACUGCAAGGAGGGCACCUCCAAACCCACAGCCUGCCCCCUGACGACGUACCGGCAGCUGAGAGGGGGCCAGCGGCCCCAGGACUGCCCCCCGUGCCCCGCGGGAUACUUCUGCCCCCUGCCCGCCACCGUCCAGCCCAGAGUGUGUGGAGUGGGCAGCUACUCGGAUGAGGGCUCAGUGGAGUGCCUGCCGUGUCGGCGCGGUCACUAUUGCAGCAACGAGACAACCAGCGCAGAGGUCAUGCUGAGCGUCAUGGUGUGUCCCCCCGGCUUCGUUUGCUCCCAGGGGCUCGACCGGGAGCCCCAGCGCUCCACCGUCUUCUGCCCCAUCGGAUUCUACUGUCCCGGAGGGGGCGUUAACCCUAACCCGAUUCCCUGCCCUAAUGGAACCUACAGUGGACAGCCGGGUCUGAGGGAUGAGGCCGACUGUGUCUCGUGUCCCGCUGGGAUGUACUGCUUCUCUCAGAACCAGGACCAGCCCGUCACAGAGCCAACGGGUUCCUGCCCAAACGGGCACUUCUGCCCUGCUGGCACAGGGCAUCCACUCUCAUUCCCCUGCCCGGUGGGCUCUUUCAGGAACGACUCCCUCGGGCACGGAGGCGAGAGCUGCGUGGCCUGUCCAGCUAGGCACUACUGUGGCACCCUGGCCUCCCACACGCCUAACCAGUGCCCUCAGGUAUGA